GUGGACAGGACACUGGAACGCUGGAUUUGGAAACUGGCCGAAGAGCUCAAAACCCAACUGCCUGACACCAACGUCAUCAUCACCGACUGGCUCUCUCUAGCACACGCACAUUACCCCAUCGCGGUGCAGAAUACGCGGGACGUCGGCCAAGAGAUCGCUCGCUUCCUGGAAUGGCUGGAGGAAACCGUGCGGUUCCACCGGAGCAAGGCUCACCUGGUGGGGUACAGCCUGGGGGCCCAUGUGGCUGGUUUUGCCGGCAGCUCCAUGAGAGGCAACGGGAAGAUUGGCAGGAUCACCGGCCUGGACCCUGCCGGCCCCCUCUUUGAGGGCAUGUCCCCCACAGACCGGCUCUCGCCAGACGACGCUGACUUUGUGGACGCCAUCCACACCUUCACCCAGCAGCACAUGGGCCUCAGUGUCGGCAUCAAGCAGCCUGUGGCGCACUUCGACUUUUACCCCAACGGCGGAACUUUCCAGCCUGGCUGCCACAUCAUGCACGUCUACAGCCACAUCGUGCAGUACGGAAUCACAGGGCUGAGCCAGACGGUGAAGUGCGCCCACGAGAGGUCCGUCCAUCUCUUCAUCGACUCCCUGCGGUACAGCCAGAAGCAGAUCACGGGCUAUUGGUGCAAGAACAUGGAGAUGUUUGACAAGGGACGCUGCCUGGACUGCCGGGCCCACCGGUGCAACACCCUGGGCUACCACAUUCGGAAGGCCAGGAUCCCUGGCAGCCAGAGGCUCUUCCUGAAGACCCAGCCUCAGAUGCCCUUCAAAGUUUACCACUAUCAGUUUAAAAUCCAUUUCAUCCAUGAAUUCCAAGAACCACGAAUUGAUCCAACGUUCACUAUCUCGCUGACUGGCAACAAAGAUGACGUGGAAAAUCUCUCCAUCACUUUAAUCGAAGGCAUCACUCAGAAUAAAACCUACACUUUUCUUGUUCCUCUGGAUAUUGAUAUUGGAGAGCUGAUGAUGAUCAAACUGAAGUGGGAAGGAACGGCCAUCUGGGAAAACAUUUGGGACACUUUCCAAACCAUCAUCCCUUGGAGAAAGGGGGACCGUCGGCCAGGACUCAUCGUGACCUCCAUCCGAGUCAAGGCGGGAGAAACCCAGCAGAAAAUGACAUUCUGUUCUCAGCGGGUAGAUAAUUUGCACCUCUAUCCAGGUCACGAGAAAAUGUUUGUGAGAUGUGAAGUCAGUUCCCAAAAGCUGAGAUGAGAGUAUGGCUGAUAAGCCGGCGUCUGAAAAAGCUGCUCCGGAGGGGGGAGGCGUCUCUCCUUAGAAAAAGGAAAGAAGGAAGGAACACUUUUUUUCUACAAACACACCAACGUGAAACCCAAGAAAAGUGAUGGAUCAGGAUGUACUGUAAACUGUAUACAUUAAAGGCUAGAUUGAGUAAACAAAUAAAAAGUGAAUAAAAAGC